GACCUGGCGGUCGCGUCUCCAGCUACGGUAUCGCGCUGCGGUAUGGUCUACCUGGACACCAAAGUAGUUGGGCUACAGCCGCUCGUGAACGCUUGGAUGAAGAGUAACUUGCCUUCGAUGGCUGACAACAUUCGCAAGAGCCUCUAUAACCUGAUCACAACGUACCUGUACCCUGCACUGACCUUGCUACGGUCGCGGCUGACAGAGAUCGUGGCCUCUAUCGACUCAUCGCUGGUGCUAAAGUUCCUCGAGCUGUUGGACUACCGGCUGCGACCGCUGACUGGAAAGGAUGACCGGCCUCCACCAGGGGGCCCCUUUAUCGCGAUGAUGCCAAAGCUGGCUCCAUGUUGGGUGGUGUGGGCGGUGAUCUGGUCUGUGGGAGCGACCUGUGAUCACAACGGUCGCGCCAUCUUCUCUGAUUUCAUGAGGAACCUCAUGGUAGAGAGUGGUACCAAGCCACUGUUCCCUAAGGAAGGAAGAGUUUACGAUUACACUCUGCAUGAUGGAGGCUUCACGGACCCUACCGACGACGGUGAACCAGCCAAUCCUUACUGGUACAAUUGGAUGGCUAAUCUUGAGGAGUACGAAGUGGAUCCCGAGUGGCAGUUUGCUGACAUCGAAGUUCCAACGCUGGACAACGUCAGAAGCGCUGCCAUAAUGGGCUACAAGAUAGCCAACUACAACCACGUGAUCUGCGUGGGUCCCACCGGCACGGGAAAGACCGUCACAAUUACCUCCAAGCUCUCCCGCGGCCUCCACAAGAAGUUCAUAUGCGAGUUCCUCGUCUUCUCCGCGAGGACAUCAGCCAACCAGACGCAGGAUGUUAUAGACAGCAAGCUGGACCGACGUCGACGUGGCGUGUUCGGACCGCCGCCCACCAAGAGACAGGUGUUCUUCAUAGACGACCUCAACAUGCCCGCGCUCGAAGUGUACGGAGCCCAGCCGCCCAUUGAAUUAUUAAGGCAAUUCAUGGACUUCUCAGGUUGGUACGACCGCACGAAUAUUGGAGAGUUCAGGACUCUGAUCGACGUGGGGAUCGUGGCAGCCAUGGGACCACCGGGCGGCGGCCGCAACCCUGUCACCAUGCGCCUCAUGAGGCACUUCCACUACGUCUCCUUCACGGAGAUGGAGUACGCAAGCAAGUACCUCAUAUUCCUGACGAUCCUCAAGUCGUGGACGCGUAACUUCCACCAGAACGUGACGAUACGAGAGAACCCGUUCCUCAAGGGAUCCAUCGAGAUCUUCAACUCCCUGGUAGAGGAGCUGCUGCCCACGCCCACCAAAUCCCACUACACCUUCAACCUGCGCGACCUCAGCAAAGUGUUCCAGGGUAUCUUGAUGAUGGAUCCGCAUCUUGUCAAGGACGAAGAUGACGUUAUCCGUCUCUGGUACCAUGAGCAUCAACGCGUCUAUCAGGACCGGCUUGUCAACGACGAAGAUAGGAAGUGGUUUACCAAAUUGCUAGACACAAAAAUUAAGACAGAGUUUGGCAAGAAAACCUCUGAUCUGAUCGGAGGUCGGCUGAUGCUCUUUGGAGACUUCAUGGACAUCGGCGCUGAUGAUAGAAAGUACCUGGAGAUUACCGACAAAGAGGAGGUCGUCAGUCGCUGUCCCGUCUCGCAGCGUCCAUGGCUGAGCUGACCACCA